AUGUCUCACCCCAUGCUCUGGAAGGAGCCUGCCCGCUGGUUCCGCUGGGCAGCGCACGAGAAGCCCGCGCUCUUCUUCGCCUCUCUCAUCGGUCUCUCCGGCCCUGUCGUUCUGGCCGUUGUCCCUCCCAUUCGCCGCUACCUGGGCGACGUUGACCCUGCGCCGAUCCCCAUGUCAUAUCCUCUUCCGUCUGGCCCGCGUAACCCGCCCAAGGGUUUCGAGGACGAGUAA